ACAGGUCAGAAGGGUUAAUAGAACUGAUAAUUCUUGCCCCCCCCCCGUUCUCUUAUUAAGGAAUUCAUUAAUUUUGAGGUCCACUCUUAAUAUGUAGCCCAGGCUGGCCUUCAAUUCACAGUCCUCCCACCUUAGCUUCUGAAGUAUAUGGGAUUACAGUGUUGACUGGUGUUUUAGUCCAUGGCUAAACUGAUGGUAAAAAGCACAACUCCAGGCUAUUUUUGUUUCAUGAAUUGAAUGAGAAUAUUUCCCAUGAAUGCCUGUCAUAGUACUGUGUGGUAGAGGAUGCUGACUGUAUUGUGAAAGCAGUCUGAUUCUGUACGUCAGACAAGGCUUCCUGGAGGAGAUGCCUCUGUAAGGAAAGGUCCUUGCCUCUAAGCUGAUGCCUUGAGUUCAAUCCCUGGAAACCCCCCUGGUAGAAGAUAACCAACUCUUUUUUUUUUUUUUUUUUUUUUAGAUUUCUUCAGACACACCAGAAGAGGGCAUCGGAUCCAAUUACAGAUGGUUGUGAGCCACCAUGUGGCUGGGAAUUGAACUCAGGACCUCUGGAAGAGCAGUCGGUGCUCUUAACCACUGAGCCAUCUCUCCAGCCCAAGAUAACCAACUCUUGAAAGAUGUCUUCUGACUUCUACUUGAUGUUCCCUCCAUAAUAAAUAUAUUUUAAAAUCCUGAUUUUAAAAGGGAAUUGAGAGCAAUUUGGGUGGUGGGAAGUAUGACUCACUGGUGAACUAAAAUCAAGUCAUGUGGAGAGGCAGGAAGAGAGGCUGGCAGUCUGGACCUUGGAGUUGGGUUGAUAUGACUGGCUUCUUGUUGAGUUUAUAUUUUGAGAUAGGGCAGCUUAGAACCCAGGCUGGGCUUAAACUCCUGAUCCUUCUGCCUCUACUCUCCAAGUGCUAAUACAGGCACUUGUGUCUUUUUGUUUUUCAUUUUUGUCACAGUCUCCCUGAACCUGGAUCGUCUGUUACUCUGGAGCUAAAGCUGGUAACAAUGCUAGGAUCACAGGGAUGUGUCAAUACACCUGGACUUUUCUUUUUUCUUUUAGGGCAGGGUCUCAGUAUGCACUCCAGGUCCUCCGGGUACUGUAUAGUUUAGGCAGACGACAAAUUCAACGUUCAGUGGGUGUGGCGAUAUAAAUCUUUAAUCCCGUCGCCUGGGAGGCAGAGGCAAGUGAAGGUCAGGCAGACCUAGAGAGUUCAAACUCUACCUCAAAUAUACAUAAAUGAACAAAUUCAAGGUCUCGCCUCUAUACCUCGAAUGUUAGGAUUCCAGGCAUGUGCCAUUAUACCCAGUUUAGACUUUUUCUAAAGAUGACGGUAAACGCAAAAAGUGUUUUAAGGUUAUAAAUAGUUUAAGGUGUGUCUUAAAAACUUUCAAGGAGAAAAACAAGAUAAGCAGCAUUUCCUCUUUUUUUCCAGAGAGCCUCUGGCCCGAAGGAUGCUAUAGGUCAACAGGUAGCCCAAUAGGGGGGUGUGAUAAGGUAAAGAGGGAAGGUCGGUUCCCAAAUAUGCUAAAGAAAGAAACCUAGCUCCGGUGGGAGUGUGGAGCUCCAGGAUGUCUCCCGCCCUCUUCCUGUGCCAUCGCUGCAAUGAGCCCCUGAAACUCUUACAGCAGCAGGGGGGGCCCUUGGAAGUCCAGCACCAUGCCAAUCUCCCCACAGAGAUGCCAGUUUCUGGACAGUCCCGGGUCAGGACCUCUCACAGAGCCCACUCUGACGGUGGCAGGACGUGCCAGGGAGGUGCCUGCUGCACCUUUACUCUGCUUGGUGAGUCUGUCUCCGUGAGAACUUUGCACACUGUCCAAAAUACCACCAUAGAGAUCUUCGAAAUCCUCUCGGAACAAAAGGUGGUGGACCACCCGCUGUGCGUGGACUGUACCGACAAUCUUCUGGUGCAACUAGACGACCAACUCACUCUCGUUGCAUCUGACAACCAGAGCUACCAAGGUUUCCUGGAGAGACAGUCGCUGGUGAGUGAGGAGGAGACGGAGGCGCUACACGCGGAGCUACGUGCUGAACUGUCGGGUCUGGAGCAGGAGGAGGCAAGGCUGGUGCAGGAGCUAGAAGACCUAGAUGGCCAUCAUGCAAGGGUAGCCGCCGAACUCAGAGCAGCCCAGGCCGAGAGCAAGGAGCUGUAUCAACAGAAUGAAGAGCACAGGGCCAGCUAUUCUGUUUUGAAGAUGGAACAGCUGGAGCUGACGGACCAGCUGAGCAGUGUGGAGAACCAGCUGCAGUACGCCCUGGGUCAGCUGUGCCACUUAAGAAAGACCAGCAUCUUCGACGCCACAUUUACCAUUUCAGAUGACGGUCCCCUGGGCAUGAUCAACAAUUUCAGGCUGGGCUGCCUCCCCGCGGUCCGGGUGGGGUGGACUGAGAUCAAUGCCGCCUGGGGACAGACAGCCUUACUGCUCUUCAGCUUGUCCAAGAUGGCCGGCCUGCAGUUCCAGAGGUAUCAGUUGGUGCCCUUGGGGGACCAUUCCUAUCUCAAGUCCUUGACUGCUGAUGAGGUGCUGCCGCUGUUCUCCGAUGGGAACCACAGCGUCUUCUUGAAUAACACGUUUGACUGUGCGAUGAAGGCCUUCCUGGACUGUCUGCAGCAGUUUGUGGAGGAGACUGAGAAGGACGAGCGAUACCCCUGCCUGCCCUACAGGAUCCAUCCGCUGGAAGGGGUGAUGGAGGACAUCGGAGACAGCGGGGACUGCUGCCCCAUCAGGACCCAUCUGAACACAGAGGAGGAGUGGUCGAGGGCUCUGAAGUUCAUGCUUGCCGACCUGAAGUUGAUUGUUGCUUGGGCUUCCUCAAGUUCUACAAGUUUCUACAAGCAAAUAGAAAUCCCACGCUAAAGGAAUCCAGAUCACUCGAGAAGAGCGACAGGUCAGUGGGAUACGAGCCUCUGCCCAUCCCAUGCUCAAUGAGAUACUCCUGACAAGCCAGUAAUGGUGCGUUAAUAAAACACCCCUUUCAAAGAGUAAGAUCAAUCAACAGAAUGUGAUCGAAGGGUGUCAGAGUCUCAGAUAAAGCAGAGCAGAUUCCAGGGAC